GCCAUGCUGGGCCAGGAAGGGGGCGGCCGGGCGCUGCGCUGCGCUCUGGCCGCCGUCGGGCUGCUGGCCGCGCUCAGCGCCGCCGGCACCGUCUUCCUGCUGGGCCAGUGGAGCGAGCUGAGCGCGGCGCUGCGGGCGCUGCAGGAGGAGGCGGGGAGGCAGCGGGCGCUGGAAGGAGGGGCCCCGCCGGGCGCGCUCCGGAGCCUCCCGGAGCCCACCGAGCCGUCGGGCGCCGCCGCCGCCAGGAACAAGCGGAGCCACCGCGGGCGCGGCCUCGCCAAGGGCCACAUCCGCGCCGAGAGCGACGACAUGCUCAUGAUGAUGACCUACUCCAUGGUGCCGGUCCGGGUGAUGGUUGAGCUGUGCAACAGCACGAAAGGGGUUUGUUUAACAGGGCCACCAGGAUUGCCAGGUCCCCCUGGGCUCGAUGGAUUGCCUGGAUUGAAUGGAUCGGAUGGGAUUCCCGGAAUUCCUGGGCAAAAGGGAGAAUCUGGGAAAAGAGGAAAAAUAGGACCUAAAGGAGAACCUGGUGAGAGAGGCGAGAAAGGAGACACCGGCGAAAUUGGCUUACCUGGGAAAGAAGGGACCCGAGGAGAAAAAGGGACCAGAGGCGCCAAGGGUGACAAAGGCGAUGCAAAUAAUGAACUCCUAGCAGAAGGUGCGAAAGGUGAUCCGGGGCUUCCAGGCCCUCCUGGUCCCCCAGGCCCCCCAGGACCUGCAGGGCCCCCUGGGAAGCGCAAAGGAAAGCCCCAAGCUCAGGAGAAAAUGUACAGCGCCGAGUGUACAGGGGAAACCUGUGCCAUCCCAAAUGAUGAUACCCUGGCAGGAAAAGCAAAAGAACGGGCACACCUCUAUCAGCGCAGAAAACCUGAAUGCCUCAUUGAAUCCAUCGGAAGCCCUUCCGAGAUCAUCAAACUGAAUCAGAGCUACGGAGCAUGGAUGAUGGAUCUUGCGAAUAGAAGCGAUGACAAAAUUUGGAUCACUGAGCAUUUCUCAGGAAAGGUAAUCAAGGAAUACCAGGACAUCACGGCACUGUGGAACAACACCUACAACACCACUGAGCUCCCGUGGAGAUAUCACGGCUGCGGCCACGCUGUCUACAACAACGCACUGUACUAUCAGUAUAUGGGACGUGGCAUCAUUGUGAAAUAUGACUUCGCGACACAGAUAUCCAAAACCCUCCAUAUCGAGAACGCCUGGUUCUAUGACCGCAUGUACCUCUUCAGUGCUUCCAAAUCCUACUUCAGCGUAGCCGUGGAUGAAAACGGACUCUGGGUGAUGUACCAUUCGAGGCCCGACGGACACAUUGCGGUUGCGCGCAUCGACGAGGAGACAUUUUCCGUGCUGCGGUCCAUCAAUACGACCUACCCGCAGUCCAAAGCCGGCAACGCGUUCAUCGCCUGCGGGGUUCUGUACAUCACGGACAAGUACUAUGCGCACGUCGCUUUCGCUUUUGACCUCUUGAGAGAAAAGCAGCUGGACACAAGUUUCAAGCUGAACCUGUCCCUAUCCGACGCACGUUUCGAGAGACAGUUGCCCCUACCCAAGCAGGACAAUGCGGAGUUUGUGCCCGUCCUGGCGAUGCUCUCUUAUAACGUGGUGGAGAAGCGCCUUUAUACAUGGGAGCAUGGCUUCCUGAUGCAGUACCCUGUCCAUUUUAUCAGCUGAAGGCCUUUGGCAUGACAACGGUGUGUCCACCAGGUCAGCAAGAAAUAAUCCAUUUCAGAUGUCAGCCUUCCAAUUAAUACGCAUCUCCUACUCGAGGACAGCCGAACAGUAUGUGCUUGUGUGUGCAUGCAUGUAUAGAAGGGCAGGUUACGAUCCACUGUGUGCCCGUCGUAUGUGUCAAUGAUGUGGGCUGCUCUUGGCUUUAUAGAACAAAGGCUGCUUAAUAUUAUGGCUGAAGCUCCGUGCCAGGAAAACCUAAAGAGCCUUCUGUUUCUUUGCUGCCGUCUUUAAG